AUGGAAUUGGUAAAAGGAACAGAUUAUAUCUUUUGUGGAUCUAGAAAAGAUAUUGAAUGUACACUUCGGCUUCCCAGGCCAAUUAUAAUUUUGACGCCCUAUAAGAGCAGAUGCUCUGCUUUGAUAUGCUGGAGGGAUGGAAAUGACAUCAUAAUGACACCGAGGGAUUUAUCAAAAAACUUGGACAGGAUGAAUGGUGGGCAUGUGGUUGUGGAGAACUGUGAACUAAUGGAGGACUUUGGGUAUUUACCUGAUUUGAUAGAUUUGAGAGGCAAAAACAUUUCAUUUAUUCUUUUGAAUGCUCAAAAGGCUCCUCGGUUUGCCGAGAAUCCUGUCCUUCUGUCAAACAGUAGGCAUUUUAUAAGGGCAAAGGGAGACGAGAGAUAUGCCGUAAUAUUUGCAUUGCACAAGAUUUACAAAAAUAUGUGGAUUGUAUGUAAGAGUGUAGAAAAGAUGAAUAUGUUCUCAAAGAUUUUUAAGUUAGACCUAACCGUCGUGAAACAUGGAGAUGACGUGAAGGGAAAGGGCGUUGUUGUUGUGAUGGACGAACUUGUGAAUAUUGAGUGUGAGGAACUAUUUUAUGUUGGAGAGGAAUGUAAAGGAAUGAGACCCCUAGUGCUGGAUAUGAGCAAGAUUGGAAAAUUCUUGUAUAGAAUCAGGGAUGUAUGCAAUAUGCUUUCUCCGGCUGUUAUCCAGGGGAAAAGGAGGCUUGAUAUCAAUAGGCUCUGGAAUAUUGAAAAAUAG